AUAACGUAGUAUGCGUUUGCGUACAGUGAAACAGGCGCAUGUGUUGUCAAUUCUGAUAUUGUCGCUGUCCGUUACUUGGUACAGAUCGAAGCUAUACAUAAAUAUAGCUUCUGGGGAUGUCUACUUGAUUAAAAGUGACCGUGAAGUGCGACCGAUCGGUGCAACAAUCGUUAACGAUUGUUCGUGUAACAUAAUCCAAUCCGUUAUCUGCAGUUGUGAUUAGAAUUGAAGCGUUACGAUCGUCCGUGACUAUUGAAUAUUUCUGCGCGUUAUACUCAACUCUAACGAGUCGGGUUAAUCAUGAGUUACGUUGUGCACAAGACUUGGCAAUCCGGACGGAUCGGUAAUUUCGUAAAGAGGUGGACAAGUGUUCGAUUAUUUGGAAAUGCGUGUCCAGCGUCGGGAGCCACCGAAAAUGCAGUGGAAUCCAAAACAAUUACGUGGGAGGAGGCGAAGCCUUUUCGAGAGAUUCCCGGACCGAAAGCGCUUCCGUUGAUCGGUAACCUCCACAGAUUUCUACCGGUCAUCGGUGAAUUUUACGACAAUGACAAAAAGGACAACUCUCAUUUCAUGAAAAAAUUACGCCAAGACUUCGGAGACAUUAUUCGUGUCAGCGGACUGCCCGGACUUCCCGACCAGAUUUUCGUUUAUAAUCCGGACCUGGCUGAAAAGGCUUACAGAAACGCCGGUCAGUGGCCGGAGAGGAAUGGGAUCAAAAGUCUUGAUCGUUAUAGAAGAAUAGAACGGAAAGAAUAUUAUGACGGAUCUCUAGGUCUUUUAAUCACGCAAGGCGAGGAAUGGUGGAAGUUCCGAAGCGUUGUUAACAAAGUUCUAAUGCGCCCGCAAGUUACCAAACUCUACAUACAAGCCAUAGACAAGGUUGCCGAUGAUUUUGUUAGAAGGAUGAGACUGAUUCGGAAGGAUAACGAUGAAAUGCCGGAGAACUUUUCCAACGAAUUGAACAGAUGGGCUUUAGAAUCGAUCGGAGUCAUCUCCCUCGAUACCAGAUUCGGUUGCCUCGACGAAAAUCUGUCCGCGGACUCGGAACCUCAACGUUUGAUAUCCUACAUUCAUUCGUGGUUUGAAAUUUGGUAUCAAUUGGAAGGACAGCCGUCGUUUUUCCAUUGGAUGAACACCAAGAAAUGGAAGGAGUUCGUCAAAACGAUGGAUUAUAUCACCGAGAUAGCGAUGAAGCACGUCGAUGCGGCAGUCGAAAGAAUAGAGAAGAAUCCGAAGACCGACGAGGAGGAUAAAAGUGUCCUCGAAAGGCUGAUUGCGAUCGAUAAGAAGAUUGCGUGCGUCAUGGCCCUAGACAUGAUUCAAGCUGGUAUAGACACCACCUCGCACGCCGUGGCCACGUGUUUGUACUACCUAGCUAAAAAUCCUGAAAAGCAAGAAAUUUUACGGAAAGAAUUACGGAAGCUCGCCCCGGAUGGAAAAAUUAAUGCCGAGAACAACGGGAGGAUGCCUUACUUAAAGGCGUGCACAAAAGAAUCCGCAAGGAUGUCCCCGAUAGCUUACGCGAACGCUCGCGUCAUGCCGACGGAUAUAGUAAUCGGAGGAUACCAAGUGCCGAAGAAGACUCCGGUCAUCCUUUGUCACAUAGAAAUGACGACGGAUCCUGAAAUAUUCCCCGAGCCAGAUAAAUUUAUGCCGGAAAGAUGGUUGAGAUCGAGUCCAGAUUUUGCUGACGCCCACAAGUUUGCCGCCCUGCCGUUCGGACACGGGGCAAGGUUUUGUAUCGGUAGUAAAUUCGCCGAAAUGGAGAUGGAGUCGUUGAUAACAAAGAUAAUAUCAAACUUUGAAGUCUCUUGGCACCACGAGGACAUGAAAUUUCUUACUAAGAUACUUCGCACGCCCACAUCACCCCUCCGCUUCACGAUGACUGACAUCAAAGCCGAGAGUUUGUAGGCGCUUUGAAUUACUUUGAAAAUCUUAGUAUUCUAGUUUGUUCGGUAGUCCAUUUAUUUUUCGGGUGAUGAUACUACGGAUACGAUUAAAAUCGACAUGAAAAAAUGUCGAUAACCAUGGUAAAAUUGUUUUCAUAGACAAUUGUAAUGAAAAUAGCCAUCGACCAUGUAAUAGCUCUAGUACCUUGAUAGACUUAUUGAAUGAAGCCGCUUAUAUAAAUUAUACGCUUGCCCCAGGUGGUUCGAUGAUUA